GCAUUAGUUUUUAAAUCACAUUCAUUUGCAAUAUGAUAUUUUAGGAUACAUAGCUAUUGUAUUCAAUCUGGAAUAUGCCUGCUGUUUAAGAGAUGUUGGCUUAUCAACGCUGGACUGGAUCAUUUAAGUCGUCGGUGUCGAAGUGAGAGACAUUCAGGGAAAAAAAAUCAUUCUGAGAUUCACAAAAGAACUGGUGUCAAGUAAAGAUUCUCUGCAUGGGUUUUCUAUGAAGGAUGACGUUUAGCAUUCUCCGAGGUUUCGGAUAAACUUUGACUCCUGGCUCAUUUGUGGGAUCUACACAUAGCCUACUCACAGGGACAGCGUUGACCAUUACUACUUUAAGGCAUAUUCUGCCAACGUCAGUCAUGAUGGAAAGUAUAAAUUGGUCUAGAGAUAUCAUUCGGCGCAUAGCCAUUUGUGUUGUUUUAUUGACCAGUCUUUAUGGAAUUACGGAAUCACAGGUGGAGGUAUGCUUCCAACAAAACGACAUGGGCAUGAUGGGAGAGAACUGUACCUGUACAUCUACUCCUCCGGUGCUUCCAGAACGUCCUUUGUUUUGUGACAAAUGCUUUGUUGGUGAUUUACCAGACUACCUCAUGUCGAAAAAUGGAAACUGUGAGACCAAUGCUACUGUGCUAUGUUCUACAAUUUGCACGUUUGAAUGUGCAGAAGGAUACACCCUUUCUCACAAUAAAACUAUUCAAUGCAUUGGAGGGGAGUUUUCACCUCACAUUCCAUGGUGCAAUGUUUCCACCACGACAGCAUCGACAACAGAGUCAAUAACGACAACUGCACUUACAACUACUCAAGCUGAAUCAACAACAACUGCAACAUCAACCUCUAACUCUACACCGAUAACAACGAUGACGAUUGCAGAUGACAUUACCACAUCUCAAGAGACAGCUACAACAGAGGCUUUUCAAACCACUACAGAAUCCGAUGCAAAUACUUCCGACAGAACAUACACAACCGAAAGAGAAUUGACGACAGCACAGUCGUCAACUGUUUCUCCCACCUCAGAGACAAUACUGACCACAACCGCAACUACUUCUGGUGGAAUAAGCACCACUGGAAUAGAUAUAACGACAGCACCAUCCCCGACCAUAUUCACUACUUCAGAGCAAUCAACCACCACAGUUGCUGAGGCAGUUACAAUAACUGCUCAAACUUCUACUGAAUCUGUUGCAACUACUUCUGGUGGAAUACGCACCACUGAAAUAGACGCAACGACAGCACUAUCUCCGAACAUUUUCACGACUUCAGAGCCACCGACCACUGUGACAGCUGCUCAAACGUCUACAGAAUCUGAUGGAACUAUGUCUGGUGGGAUAGUAACCACUGACAUACAAAUCACCACGACGCCAUCACUGCCUUCCCAUAUCACUUCAGAGUCGUCGAUGGCCACGACUGUCGAUGAAUCGACAACAAUAAUACUUCAAACAUCUUCGGAAUCUGUUGCAAGUACAUCCGGUGAACCAGGGACCACUGACGAAGCAAUAGCAACAACACUUGAGACAGUUUCCGCCCCCUCAGUGCCACAGUCGACUAUAACCACAGAUGGACUGACAACCAUUCAAAGUGAACCAAUGACCGUACCUACUACUACUACAACUAUUUCAUCACCUACCAUUUCAACACCCAUCACUGCUACUUCAACACCCAUCACUGCUACUUCAACACCCAUCACUGCUACUUCAACACCCAUCACUGCUACUUCAACACCCUUCACUGCUACUACUUCGGCACCUACUUCUCAAUCGGAAACGAUGUCUACCUCAUCAUCAAACUCACCAUCCUCACCAACAGAAACCAUGAGCACUGAUACUAGUAUAUUACCAUCUACCACUGGAACUACUACGGCAUCUACUUCUCAAUCGGAAACGAUGUCUACCUCAUCAUCGAGUCCAACAUCGAGCUCGCCUUCCUCACCAACAGGAACCAUGAGCUCAACUACUACCUUAGCUACCACUGAUACUAGUAUAUUGACAUAUACCACUGGAACUACUACUACGGCAUCUACUUCUCAAUCGGAAACGAUGUCUACCUCAUCAUCGAGUCCAACAUCAAGCUCGCCAUCCUCACCAACAGAAACCAACUGUACAGUGCCUAAUAAUGCAACGGUGAAAUCCGGCGAAGGAUGCCAGCCUGGGGACACUGUCGCAUCGGGCGCAAAUUGUACCUUCGUAUGCAAGAAUAAUAAAGGAAAUAUCACUUGGAGUUGCACCGCUGGAGGAUCGUGGCACCAACCGGUUCCAAAUUGUGCAAAUUUACACGGCAAUAUUGUUGUCAGGCCAACCAUGUCUACCACAAGUACCACUCUCGUCGACGAUAAUGCAACCGGGAGAAAAAGGCGAGAUGUUUUGCCUUCGAACAACGCAGCCGUGACAUUAGUACAAGAAACGUUUGAAUUGACAAUACAAGGGCUCGAUACAACAUAUCUUGCCAACGUCACGACCGUCAGCGCUCAGAAUUUUACUAACGACGUCUUGCAAAUGAAUUUACUCUUCGGUAUCAUGUACACAUCGGCCAUCAGUGUGGACGAAUUAAUAAUACAUGUCGAGGAGGCAUUACAAGCUGUGGACGAGUUUACUGUUAUUUCAGUAGACGUAUCAGAUCUGGACACACUUUGUUCACCAAACCCCUGCGAGAACAACGCCGGGUGCACUGUUGAUUACAACAACUUGAAUUUCACAUGCAGCUGCGCCGUCGGGUAUUCCGGACGUCUAUGCUCCGACUCGUCCAGUGUCCUACUCAUCGCCAUACUCGUACCCACAGUCACUCUAAUUGUCGCUUUCACCGUCUUCACCAUCGUCCUUGUCGUAUACUAUCGUGUACGCCUUCAUCAAUUGAAGGGGUACAAGAAGAGACCUUCCGACCAUAACAUGAUAUACCCCGAUGACUUGCAGCAGUUGUAUUUCACGGAGGACAAGACACCGGGGUACCAUGAUCAAGGAACGUUGAAGAACAGUACCUUGGGCCUUCGAUUCAGCAAAGAAAUCAAUGCCCACAUGCAAGAGAGAUCUCGAUCGAUUGAAUUACAAGCGCCGCAACCACCCGCGUAUUACAUCGGUCCUGCGGAUAGGCAUCCUCGCCAGACAGAUCAUGUCCGCAAUGGACACAGUCUUUCCAACGGUGACCAGGCGUUGCAGACGUUUCAUCCAAACGGUAUCCACAAUAGGGAUAAGGCUUCCCCACGCCACAUGGUGGACAGUUCUAGCGUGGAGUAUAACUACGCUGUGAACACAAAUCAGAGCAAGACACGAAGGCAUUCUUCCCGCGAUAACCAUAUAAACCGAACAACGUCCACCUCUCAAAGUGUAUCUUACAACCGGAGAUGGACCAGAGACGACUUGGAUGGUAGGAACAGGGCUCAUUUGGAAAGAACUAGAAACGGAGGUAUAUCCCGUAGUAUGCACGUAGAAGCAGAGUUUAAUGACACACGUCUUUGAGAGUAUAAAAUGUAUUCAUAUGAAUUUGAAUUUUACUGAGGUUUCAGGUUUGAGGCCCGGGGAGCGUUUCAUCAACAUUUUGUCUAAAAAGUUGUCAGGGGCCCGUUGCAGAAAGAGUUGCGUUCAACCGCAAGUCCCAAAUGCGCGCUGUUGAUUGGUUGAAAAUCAGAAAAUCAAGUUGCGCAUGAUUUUUAGAGUUGCGAUUGAUUGCAACCCUUUCUGUAACGGGCCCCUGAUCUGACAACUUUACUUUAUUCUGAUUGGCCGAGACGCGCUGUUACUAUGGUAAUUGUCUGAUAAAACAGGACUUGUCGGAUAAAACGUCCGACGAAUCCUUCAUGAAACGCUCCACAGGUCAGGUCUAUCGGUUGGUGACGUUAAAGGUCGGUCCCAGACGUAAAUAUUCAUAUCUGAUUGAUACUCGGCUAAAAAAUCACACACACACACACACUCACACUCACGCAUACUUCAUUUGAAUUCAAUAGUACUGUUUGUUAUAUCUUAAAUUGAUUCGGAUAAUUAUGGUGUAUACUUUAACCGAGGGUAAUCUGCGUUUUCAUAUCAAUAUCACAAUAUUUUGUGCUCAGUAUGCAUAGCCCUGUAUUAUAUCAUAUAAUACAUUAUCAUCAAUUUCAAUUCAUGUUUAGUUUGUCACACUUCAACUGUAUAUUAAUAUGUCUUAUUUAUACUCGGGAGUCGGGAUAUUCUUGGCAAAUUAUAUUUUUAUUAAAACAAAGUAUUCAAUUUAAUUGCGCUAUUUUUAUAUUAUGCAGCUGAUUCUAUUUUAGAAGGUUGUCUAUAAGAUAAUUUAAAACAGUAUCUGGAUAUAUAUAUAUACUUAUGUACAGCAUGUUAGAGUUACCAUUAUAGCGGGGUAAAAACAUGAAUCAAGAACCGAAUUGAAAAAAAUAACUGCCUUUAACUUAAUACUUGUCCACUGUAUCAUAUCUUAUAUCAUUUAUUCAAGAAUUACUUUAAACGUGAAAAGUAUUAAAGAGCAGUUUCUCUUGCUGUAUUGUACAAAACUCAUUGCUGCCAUCAUUACAUUGCUAUCGGUAGUAUUACUAACACUGCUUAAUAUCCCCUAAAAAGAAGAAGUUUCCAAUUGUAAUAUCAAUCUGGUCAUGAAGCUGCAUGUUCGUGGGUUACACUCGAUUAUGCGUACGACUGGUGACCCCUUUUUGGUUCUAUAUCACUGUUUUCAAUUCUUACAAAAUAUACGGGGCUAGAUACAAAGAAGGGUUUCAGUAGUCAUAUGUAUCUUUAUUCAUGUAGUAUUUUAUUAUAUCCACAUAUUCAAUUAUUUACAAUUUUGUUCAAUAAGUUAAAUAGAUAGGAAGUCAAGAAACCGCAUUUUUAUUCUGUAGACAUGUCAGCAAGCAAAUAUAUCAUAUCUUCGGCAAGUUUAUGCAUAUGGUAGUCAAUCAUAUUUUAUUACACAUGGUAGUUGCUUAUAUGUUUAUAGAGACAUCAUCGUAAGCGAAAGGUUGAAUAAAAAAGAUGUACGCCAAUGAAAAGCGAAUAGGCAACGAAAUACAAUUAGCCUGUGUAUUUCCGCAGCUUACGGCCAAGUAUAAAUUUUGCUUCAGAAAAAGAAGUGUUCAUCGAAAAUGGGCUUUAUUGAAUUCAUCACCGGCCUAUAUAGUCAGCAAGUAAGCAGUGAAAAUACAUGCAAUUUGCAGUUUUAUUCUGCUUCGUCAUAGCUCUUAAUGAAAUACAGUCUAUUUUGUGAUUUCGACGUGGCCUUUAAAAGUUUAAGGUAUUUUGUUCAUCGCUACAAUUCUGGAAUUAUACCUAAAUUAAUAAAAUUAAACUACGAAAUCUUUCAUAUAAAAAUGUUAAAAUAUAGGAAAUAAGUAUUGCUUUAUUAAAUAAAUUGG